AUCGACGUACGUACAAAUAAAGCGCGUGCAUUUCGCUGCUCGCUACUUGCAUUCAGCAUGCAUUCCUCGCUGGUUUUCGUCCUUUUUUUAGGCGUGACUGUCACGUGCCAGCAAAUACCCGAACUGCAGUAUUUGAACGAAAGCGUUGAUCCCUGCGAUGAUUUCUACGAAUUCACGUGUGGGAAUUUUAAAAAUGUGCAUCCCUUACCCGAAGGGCAACAAUUGUGGGACCAUUUUGCUAUUUUACAAGAAGAAAUUCACAAUUUAGCAAAAGAUAUUUUAACGUCACCGCGAGAUCAUGAGGAGCCGAUUGCUGUGCAGAAAGCAAAAGCGUUUUACACUGGCUGUGUGGACGUGCACGCCAUGGAGGCACUGAACAAUGGCUACAGCGUACAAGUCGACUUCAUCAACAAAGUGCACAAAUGGCCGGCGAUUACUGUGGACUACGACGACAAUGAGACUAAAUUGUCCUGGAACGCGCUCGCUGAGUUAACCGCUGAGUACGGGCUUUCUUUCCUCUUCAGUUUUUCAAUUGAACCAUCUCUCUUCAACAGUGAAGCGAAUACAAUCUACAUUGAAAGGGACGUAUUAAACAAUCCGGAAGCAUCUGGCAUCAGACCAGACCUUCCCAGGGACCAAAAUGAUUUUCUAGGAAAUUAUCUCAACACUAAAGAUUCUACAUCACCAAAUGCCCUGCCUUAUUUUGAAUUUUUGAACAUAGCCUUCCGUAUGAGGGAUUUAACUGGCGAACGUUUUACUCCUACUGAGCAAAUUAUCUCAGAAUUAGAAGACACUAUCAAUUACAUGAGAACUAUUGCUGCCGAUGGAAUUAUAGGAGACGCAGAAAUUCCCCCGUUGGCCAUGGAACCAACAGUUGCAGAAUUACAAACAUGGACCGAUAAUUUAUUCGGAAACAAUUUUAUCAACUGGAUGGAAUAUCUAAACAAAGCAAUAAAUCGCGAUGACGUGCACAUUACAGACACCACCGUGGUUCUACAAUUAAAUACGACUGCGCUCUACGGACUGUUGAACAUGUACAGCCUGUCAACAGCACGACAGCUGAAAAAUUACGUUAUCGCCAGGCUUCUUACUCACAUGGCACCUGACAGCGAUCAAUUUAUGCGCGACCAGUGGCAGGACUUCUCGGAAAAGAACAAUCUGCCGAUUUAUUCACGCACUGAUUAUUGUGUGAGGAAAACACUCGGUUACAGCGGCAAUAUCGAUUUCAGUCUUGCUGUCACACAUCAGUACCAGCAUUAUCACUUUGACAUGAGCAAAAUGGAAAAAGCAGCCAAUCUGGUAGCCGACUUACGUGAAACAUUUAUGGAGGUCUUAGAAAACACCGAAUGGAUGGACACAGAAUCGAAGAACAAAGAGAGAAAAGCUGAGAAAAUGAUUACACUGUUGGGGUAUCCUGAAGAGAUUGUUGAAGAUAUUUUGGAACUAGACGAGUACUAUGAUGAUAUGAAAGUGUGCACCUGGGACCAUUUUGGAAACGCACAGCGGCUACGAGCUUUCCAACUCGGGCUUAAUUUGCUACCAAUUGGAGACAAGAAAAACGUGAUUUGUGAGUGGACAUUGUCACCAUUAGAAGUCAACGCUUUUUACAACAGAGGGAACAAUAGAGUUUUAUUGCCAGUGAGCAUGCUCAACCACGUAUUCUUCAGUGGAAAAUAUGAUCUCCUGGACUACGCAAGAAUGGGCGCCAUUAUUGGACACGAAAUAACCCAUGGUUUUGAUAAAUUUGGCAAAGAUUACAAUUCAGAUGGAGUUGUCGUGGCUAAUCAAUGGUCCAACGCAACAGCACAAGGAUUUGCGGAUCGGGAAACCUGUUUCAAAAACCAGUACUCUAAAUAUUACAUUGAAGAAAUCAACGCUUACGUUAAUGGUAACCAGACACUCAACGAGAAUCUAGCCGACAAUGGUGGCUUGAGCACUGCUUACAAGGCAUACUAUAACUUGAAAGCUUCUAGGAGUCGGGACCUGCCCAACGACACUAAUUACACCUCGGAGCAGUUGUUCUUUAUUGGCUACGGAACGAUGUGGUGCACGGAGGCAAGCAAUCAGUACACGGCGGAAAUGAACGCCCAUGGGGCCUACUCGCCUGGGCGAUAUAGAGUUAUCGGGACUGUUAGCAACAUGCCGGAAUUCGCUGAUGCGUUUCAAUGUCCCCUGGGUUCGAAUAUGAAUCCCGCGGAAAAAUGUCGACUGUGGUAGUUGAACAACUGAACCCUUAUCGAUUUGACGCAAUGUUUCAUGUUUGUUAUUUGAAAGGGAACAUGUGUAUUAUCCCGGAGCUUGUACAUCAAUAAAACAUUUCAUUGUA